AUGAGUCCUGCAAACGGCUCUCUGGUGACCGAAUUCAUUCUGAUGGGCCUGACAGACCAGCCUGACCUCCAGAUGCCCCUCUUCUUCCUGUUUCUAGGCAUGUACACGGUCACUGCGCUGGGAAAUUUAGGUUUGAUCAUGCUAGUUGUGUUGACACCACACCUUCACACCCCCAUGUACUUUUUCCUUUUUAACUUAUCCUUCAUAGACCUCUGCUACUCUUCGGUAAUUACACCCAAAAUGCUUGCGAACUUCAUAUUGAGGAAGAAUGUUAUUUCUUACAAGGGCUGCAUGACACAGCUCUACUUUUUUUGUUUCUUUGCCAUUUCUGAAUGUUACGUGCUGACAUCCAUGGCGUAUGAUCGCUAUGUGGCCAUCUGCAAUCCCCUCCUGUACAGCACCACCAUGUCUCCGAAAGUCUGCUCCUACCUUGUACUUGCUUCCUACCUGGUGGCAUUUUUUUGUGCCAUGGCUCACACUGGGUGUGUCCUGAGACUGACUUUCUGUGAUGCAAACACCAUUCACCACUUUUUCUGUGAUCUCCUUCCUUUGCUACAACUCUCCUGUACCAACACCUAUGUCAACCAGAUAGAGAUUUUCAUUGUCGGGGGCAAAGACAUCGUUGUACCCAGUCUCGUCAUCUUUACCUCUUAUGGUUUCAUCCUCUCCAGCAUCCUCAAAAUCAGGUCCACGGAGGGCAGGUCCAAAGCCUUCAGCACCUGCAGCUCCCACAUCCUUGCCAUCUCUCUAUUCUUUGGAUCCUGUGCCUUUGUGUAUCUCAAACCCUCCACUACUGGGCCCAUGAAUGAAUCAAAAAUCUCUUCUGUGUUCUAUACCAUUGUGGUACCCAUGAUGAACCCCUUAAUCUACAGCUUGAGGAACAAAGAUGUCAAACUUGCCUUGAGUAAAACCCUGAGUAGGAGAAAGUUUUGA